UAUGAGCCCUCUGAAAUUUGGUUAUACCACGGUUUCGUCAAAUAAGAGAUCAUAUAGAUCUCCUCUUGCGAAUGAUAAUUAAAAUAUAAUCAAAUGGUCAACCAGUAUCUGAAAAUAUGCAUGAGAUAUUGGUUUUGGUUUAAACCAAAACGAAUUGAUAAGAAUCUUAUAAGUUCAAAUUCUUUAUCUCAGAUCGGUUUGUACCUUAUUGAUUUCUGUUUAAACCAAAAAAAUCGGCUAAACCAAAAACCCAAAAGGAAAGUAUUAUGUGAGAAGUGCAGAGCGUUUCGGUUUUUUGAUUGGGGUGAGGGUUUCGUUAUCGGUUUGUUCUAAGCGAAACCGAAAACAUUAACGACUUGUCAGUUACUUUGGUCUCAGUUUUGAAUGGUUUCAAUUCGGUUAACCAAACCGAACCAAGAAAGCAAAAUACCCCCUAACAAGAAAUGGAAGUGCCAACAAGGCAAGGGGAAGAAAGUGACAAGUGUCACACUGGGAGAAUAUGAUUGGCUGAGGACGACUAGAGCCUGAUCCUAAAUCUUUAUAUGGUUAGAUAAGGUGAUAAGGCUACGUGCCACCAUUUCCAAUCACCUCCCCAUUUCUUCCUCUCCCUCUACUCCAACCUUCUUCUUCUUCUUCUCUUCAAUCUCUCCAUCACCAAAACAUUUCCACCAUAUCCAAUCCUUCACAAUGAGCUUGGCAUCUCCCACCACCACCACCACGCUCCUUUCCCCAACUCCCCUCUCCCCCUCCAAGCCCAAACUCCAACCGCUCUCCGCCGCCCUCCAACCACACGCGCCGCCGCAACAAUCCCUCACUCGCCGCCACUUGCUAUCCUCUGUUUCCGCCGCCGUAUGGCUGGUGGCCGCGAUCUCCCCGCGGGCAGCGGUGGCGGCGUCGGACGAGGAGUACGUGAAGGACACGGAGGAGGUGAUCGGGAAGGUGAGGACGACGAUCACGCUGGACAGGAACGCGCCGAACGUGGCCGACGCGGUGGCGGAGCUGAGGGAGACGUCCAACUCGUGGGUGGCCAAGUACAGGAAGGAGAAGGCCCUGCUGGCGCGUGCGUCGUUUAGGGACAUGUAUUCGGCGCUGAAUGCUGUCUCCGGUCACUACAUUAGCUUCGGCCCCACGGCGCCGCUGCCGGCGAAGCGGAGGGCCAGGAUUCUGGAGGAGAUGGAUACCGCCGAGAAGGCGUUGCUGAGGGGCAGAUAAACAGAGACCACUCUGUUUUUUCCCCUGUUUUUUCCAUCCUUGAGUUUGUAAGUUUGAGAAGAUUAAGAAGCAUAAAAUUUGUUGAGGCUGGGUCUUGAAAUUAAGCUUAAUGCUAUACGAGAACGUCCAUAAUGCAAUAUGUAUGUGUAUUCUUGCUUAGUUGCUUUCAUAAUGUAAACCAACUACGUACGAGAUACUCAUACUAGCAUCUAUGAUAAAAAGAUGCCACAUUCGAUGAAAAAUAGGUCAAAUUUCUCUGUCAAAUUCGUGUCAACCCAGAAAUCCCAUCUGACCACCAAACCCAAGCUCAUCCCGCCAAUCAAUUUCUUUAUUUCCC